GCGGACCGCAGGGUUGCAGGUCACAGGUCAUCGAGGUCAGAGGAUUGUGUGAGGCUCCAUGCUUCCUCCGCCGCCUCGCAGACCUGAAGGUGAUGGACGGCAGCAGAGUCACCAUGACGGUGGAGCUGACCGGUCGUCCCCCUCCAGAGGUGGUCUGGCUCCAUGACGGGCAGGAGGUGAUGGAGUCAGAGGACUUCCACCUCCUCAGGGAGGAGAACCGCUGCACUCUGCUGAUCCAGGAGGUUUUCCCCGAGGACACUGGGACCUACAGCUGUCGGGCCUGGAACCAGUACGGAGAGGACCGCACCCAGACCCGGCUCACCGUGGAGGAACCACAGGACGGGGUCCAACCCUGGUUCAUCACCAAACCCAAACCAGUGAGCUCCAUCGUGGGACAACACGUCCUCCUGUCCUGCGCUGUCGCCGGAGACCCAUUCCCCCAGUACACCUGGACCAGAGCCUGCCUGAGCCGACCUCUGACCUCCGGAGGAAACUACGAGCUGCUGCAGAAAGAGGACGUUGUAUCACUGCUGAUCAGGAAAGUUAAAAAGCAUCAUGCUGGGGACUACCUGAUCACCCUCAGGAACAAGGUUGGGGAGUGCAGCGCUGUAGCCUGUCUGUCUGUCACUGAUGGAAUGACAGACAUGACGAGAGGACGAGGAGGACGAGCUGGAGAAGACAACAGGUGAGGCUUCACUCUGAUGUUAUACGUUAUAAAUACUUUACAAGUUGUUAUUAAAUCAGUGGUGGGCCGUACAUGUUAUACCUGAGCCUUC